GCUCUGCAAAACUUCACUUCUCCGUAAAAUCGUUGCCCAAAAAAGAACCAUCAAGAGAUAUCUUUUGAACUUUGUACCCGCGUCUGUAAAUUAUCAGAUGGUGCUCCGCCCUCCUAAUGUUCUCAUCAAAACAUAACAAUGACACCGAACUGGGCACCUAGCAGGAACAAGUACAAAGAUACAAUCCGUCUUAUGACACCCUCCAUACGCUACACAAGUUUCCUUCCCUAAUUCGUCAGCUGGACCGCUCUUUCCUUUCUGAUCAAACAUUCGUUCCUUCCCGUUCGGCCUCGGUGAGUCCUUCCUUUCCUCACAUGUCGUGGAUCGCUCCUACUUUGUUUCUUCUCUCUCUCCUCUUGUCCAGCAGAGGAUUGCUCCUUCCUGGCUUAUUUAGGUGGAGACGCUCUUUCCUUGUCAGGGUUCGGAAAAUAAUCGUUCCAUUCCUGUUUUUGGACUGGUGGGUCGAUUCCUUCUCCUUUUCUGCCCCCCCCCCCCCCCCCCCCGUGUACUGCACACCCGCCUUUUCUUGUUUCAACAAGAUUUGCUCCUUCUUCUUUUUUUUCUCAGGGUUCAUCGUUGCUUUCCUAAUUGUAUUUCGGACUUUGCUCUUUACCUUGCACUGGAAACCUUGCGUCCUUGCCUUUUCUGACGAGUGGAUUUUGUUCCUUUUCUCACAUCAUGAAGAUCAAAGUGGAAAGCAAAAAAGAGACGGGAAAUGCAGUUGUUUAUGGUUAAAAGAUGAUAUUCAUUAAAUUUAUCCAAGGCCUGGCUUCUUUAUCUAGAAGCGCAGUGCCUGAUGUUUGUUCUACAUAAGUUGGGUAUAUCCUAUCCUCCAGAUCUCCAUUUUGAUGAUUUCCUCCAAAGAGGUUCAUUUA